AUGGUUCAAAAGAAAACUACACAUAAGAAGUUCAACACGGAUUUUAUUCCAACAAUUUCAGAUUCAGAAUCUGAUGUUCCAGAUCUAGAUUCAGAAGACGAAAUUGUGCAAGAUAAAGAAGUUGAAAAGGUUCAAGAGAAAAAUUCUAAGAAAGCCAAAAAUAAGAAGGAGAAAAAGGCGAAAAAGUCUAAAUCCAAAAAUACUGCCACUGAUGAAGAGGAUGAAGAUGACAAGGAAAACCAAGUUUCCAAAGACCUCAACCCAGAUUUCAUUUUCUCUGUCGAAGAUUUAGGUUCCACAACGAAUUUCGACGGUUGGGAUUUUGAUCUCAACAAAGACCAGUCUAAAGACGGGCUGAAAAAAGAUGUUGAUCUUGACGAUAUUAUCAGAAGGAAAGGUGGUUUGUCUGGUAAGGUUAAAAUCAACAAAGAUGACGAGAGUGGAAAUCAUGACGAUGAUGAAGAAGCUGACGAACAUGAUGAGGAAACCAAUAAGGAAAGUGAGGAUGAAGACAACGAUGAAGAUGAUGACGAUGACGAUGACGAUGACGAUGAGUUAGCUCUAGAUGGAUUUGGAAUGGGAGCAACACCAAAAGAUAUAGAUGUUUCAGAAAACACUAACAAUGAUGAUUCUGAUGAUUCUAAUGGUGAGAAUGAUAGUGAUGGUAGUAGUGAUACUGAGAACACGGGUGAAGGUGCUAUUGAUAAAGAAAAUGGUUCUGAUUUAGAUCUUGGUAAUUCUGAUAAUGAGGAAAACGAAAACGAAGAUUCUGCAGAAGCUAUUUCAAAGUAUUUUGAUGAAGAUGAAGGUCAAGUUGCGAAGGAACAAGCACAUAAAUCAUUUCAAAGUCUUCAAUUGUCCCGUCCAAUCCUUAAAUCUUUGACUGCCCUAAACUAUAGUUCUCCAACACCUAUUCAAUCUGCAUCAAUACCAAUCGCACUGCUGGGUAGAGAUAUAGUUGCAGGCGCUGUUACUGGUUCAGGUAAAACUGCAGCAUAUAUGAUCCCAAUUAUUGAAAGAUUACUGUAUAAACCCGCCAAGGUUGCAAAGACUAGAGUUAUAGUAUUGACCCCUACAAGAGAAUUAGCAAUUCAAGUGGCUGACGUUGGUAAAAAAUUAGGUCAGUAUGUUAGUAACCUUUCCUUCGGAUUAGCUGUGGGUGGUUUGAAUUUGAGACAACAAGAGCAGCAACUGAAAACCCGUCCUGAUGUUGUCAUUGCAACCCCAGGUAGACUAAUCGAUCAUAUAAGAAAUUCACCAUCUUUUUCUGUGGAUGAUGUCGAAAUUGUUAUUAUGGACGAGGCUGAUCGUAUGCUUGAAGAAGGAUUUGAAAAGGAAAUGCAGGAAAUUGUUGAACUGUUACCAAGAAAAAGACAAACAAUGCUUUUCUCUGCAACGAUGAAUUCAUCCAUCAAGCAGCUUAUCGCAUGGUCCCUUCAAAAACCUGUCAGAAUCAUGAUUGAUCCGCCAAAAACUGCAGCUAGUGGUUUAGUUCAAGAAUUUGUUCGUAUUAGAAAAAGAGAAGAAUUAAAACCAGCAUUACUCUAUUCCAUUUUGUCCAGAUUUGACCCAAAACAAAGAGUCAUUGUUUUUGUCAGCACAAAGGAUAUGUGUCAUAAGUUGAGAAUCAAGCUAGGGUUAUUGGGCCUUAGAGUGGGUGAAUUACAUGGUGGUUUAUCACAAGAGCAAAGAUUAAAGAGUGUCACAUUGUUUAAAAACUCAACUGUUCCUGUUUUGUUGUGUACAGAUUUAGCUGCGAGAGGUUUGGAUAUCCCUAAAAUUGAAGUUGUUGUUAAUUUCGAUAUGCCUAAGACACACGAAAUCUACUUACAUAGAGUUGGUAGAACAGCGAGAGCUGGUAGAGAAGGUAUGUCCAUCAGUUUUGUAGGUGAAGCAAAAAGGGAACGUGCUAUUGUUAGAGAGGUUAUCAAAAAUGUUGAAGAGAGCAAGAAGGGCAAGGCCGUUGGUCGUAAUGCAGAUUGGGAUGAAAUCGAUCGUGUUAAUGAAAUCCUUGAUGCUAAGAAGGAUCUGAUAAAUGAAAUUAUUGAUGAAGAGAAACAAGAAAAGGCCGUGCUGGCUGCAGAAAUGGAGCUAAAGAAGGGUGAAAACAUGUUGAAAUACAAAGAUGAAAUCCAGAGUAGACCUAAGAGAACAUGGUUUAUGAGUGAAAAGGAGAAGAGAGAAGAAAAAAAUAAAUUAAAAAGUACCUUAGGCAAAACAUCGAAGCUGAAUAGUAAGAAGAGAAAGAGAGAAGAAGCCUUGGCAGAGGCAGGCAAUACACGUAGCUAUAAGAAAACCAGCAAAGAUAGAAGCGAUAACAAUACUAAAAGAAUCAAUAAAGCUUCCUCUAAAGGUAAAAAGGGCAAAAGAAGGUCUUAA